AUGAUUCCCAGAAAUGAUAUUAUUGCGGUUGUUGGUACCACUGGUGUGGGAAAGUCUCAGUUGAGCAUCGAGUUGGCCAAAAAGUACAACGGUGAGGUGAUUAAUGCCGACUCCAUGCAGAUGUACAGGGGGGUUCCAAUUAUAACCAACAAACAUCCCAUCCCUGAGAGAGAAGGGGUCAAACACCACGUCAUGAACCAUGUGGACUGGAACGAAGAGUACUUUGUGCACCGGUUCAAGGACGAGGCCACAGCUGCCAUCGCCGAUAUCCACGCCAGAGGAAAGAUCCCGAUUGUUGUGGGAGGAACACAUUACUACCUCCAGAGUUUGUUAUUCCACAACAAAAUGGUAAACAGGGAGACCGAAAUCCAGACCGUGGAAGAACUCACCCAGGAGGAGAAGGCCGUUGUUGAGAGCGAUCCUGCGACUUUGUGGGAGACCUUGAAGAAGUACGACCCCGUGGUUGCCGAGAAGUUUCAUCCGAACGAUUCCAGAAAGCUCAAACGAGCCUUAGAGAUCUAUUUCACUACAAACCGCAAGGCAUCUGACAUAUACAGCGAGCAGAAGGUGAGCGAGUUGGACAAAUCGUCUUUGCGGUAUGAUACCCUCAUCUUCUGGGUGUAUUCACAAACUCAGCCGUUGGAGGAAAGACUUGAUUCCCGCGUGGACAAGAUGUUGGAAACUGGCGGUUUGGCGGAAGUCCGUGAGUUGUACGAUUUUUAUACCGCCCACAAUGAUUCUCCAAGUCCACUCUUCGAAGACGGUAUCUGGCAGGUUAUUGGGUUUAAGGAGUUUUUCCCGUGGUUGAAAAGUGGCCAAAAGAACGACGUGGAGUUCCGGAAAUGUGUUGACGAGAUGAAGCAAAGAACAAAAAAGUACGCGAAGCAGCAGGUGAAGUGGAUCCGCAAGAAGUUGGUUCCUGAGAUGGGCAAGGAAAAGCUCCACAACUAUGAGAGAGGAGGCCGAGUUUACUUGCUUGAUGCAAGUGAUUUAGACAAGUGGAGUAAAAAUGUGUCGAAAAGAGGGGUGGAGAUUACAGACCAGUUUUUGAAAAAAGAACCAACCCUCAGCUACGCUCCGGCUGGCUUUGAAAACAUGCUAGAGGUCACCACCGAGGAGUUCACUCAGGACAAGUGGAAGCAUUUUGUGUGUGAAGUGUGCACUUCCGGCGAUGGGAAGCCGUUGGUAUUGGUCGGUGAAGGCCAGUACGAUAUCCACAUGAAGAGCCGAAAGCACAGCUCCCGGAUAUCCCAGAUCAAACGUAAGAAGGAGCUUGAGGAGUUUUUGGCCAAGAGACAAAAGAAGACAGAAGCCCACGGGCAGGACGAGGUGACAAAAUAA